AUGGCGACUGCGAAUAAGGUUCCCCUCAAGACACUCAAGGAUUGUUUCCAGUUCCUGGAGUGGUUGAAAAGUAACGGGGAUAUGCAAACGCAGGUGGCCAGUGAACUGGAAACGCGUCUUCGUGACAAAUAUAAUGGUGUUAAUGGAAAGCAAAUUGAGAACUCACUGUCCCAAUUCCUUCAACUAGUGUCAAAGUUUUAUAAGAAAUUGGUCACUGACGAAGUUCUGCAAAAAGCACAAUCGACAACGAACAAAAAAUACAAUAGAUCAGUAACACUAGUGGUGUUCAAAGCCCUCCUCGAAUGCAUUCCAAAAGUUCUAAGUGCGUGUUACUUUCUGCAAUAUCAUGUGGAUGGGAAUUUCAAAACACUGGGUGGCGGGGAGUGGGCGGGUGAUAUGGUUGGAAGGAUUGCACAGUCGGGGUCAGGUCUCGGUAAGAUUUAUUCUUAUCUCUUGAUAAAAUCCAGCAAUUCAUAUCGUGUCAUCCCUGGAGGCUUCGUGCAAGGCGAAUUGAAUGAAGGUGAUCAGAAUGGAGGUAAUCAAAAUGGAGGUGAUCAGAAUGGCUACAAACACGGUAACGUUAUGGCCGAUGACCUCGGAAAGAUUUUGGAGCAACGGAAAGACAAUCUUUUCCUUGACGUGUUCGUCACAUCGGUGUCUUCCACUGCCGGCACACAGGCUUCUAACACAGCUAACGUUCUAGCAUUGCUCAAACACUUUUGCGAGAUUGUUCAAAAUGAUCUAGAUGAUAAACUUAAAAAAUACUUGGGAUCUCACAAUGUUUGCGUUAAUUGGGACAAAUUAACACCACAUUGCGCCGAUCUUAAAACCCAGUUAGAUAAGUUGUUCGCCAAUGACCGCUUUUCCCAGACCGGCCAGCUGCCGACACUUUACAAGCUUAACAAGGAAGAGUUUGUUAAGAAGAUGGCUAGAUGGUUGAAAGAUAAUUUGGAUAAAGUGCGGGGGAAAUUGCACAAUAUUAAUAAAUACAGCCAUAUGCUAGACAGUAUUAAUACCGAUAAGGUAGGAGAUUAUUUGAACAAACAUUUCUUUCCCUACGGAUUCACAUUUGAUGCCAAGGAUUUUGGAAAAGACAAUUUGUGUCAAGUUCUAAAAGAUGAUUGGAAAGGCGUGAUAGAGAUGCUUGAUGGGCAUGAUACUGGACUGGCUAAGCUUGUGGAUAUUUUGAAGGAUAUGAAGUGUACACAGAACCAAGACCAGACGGCAGACCUCGAGGAUGAUGAUGAGGAGGAAGAUUAUGAGGAGGUAGUGCUGGAAGAUGAGGAUGAAAGUGUGAUAUCUUCAAAUCAAAAUGAUGGUCAAAGUGGACAAAAUCCAGAGAGCUCACAAGAAGUAAUUGGCUCUGAAACUCCUCCUGAGGAUGGUAAAGGUCAAGGCCCCACUGGUUCUCCGGGUGACGCAGGUAAGAGUUUGCAGGUCGGUGGUCCUCCAGCUCAACAGCCAGUUCCACCACCAGCUGCACCUACUUCCUCAACAAUUACUCCAAGGCCAGGCUCCUCGUCAUCUGGCGGUCUUGCUCCCGGUAGUGGUCAACAAACCCCCAUGGUUGAAUUGGGAGUUAGUAUUCCUUCAUGGCAAAAUAGUGAAAAUGCUCACAAGCUAAGUGACUAUGCCUUAAGCGAUGAUGAUUUUGAGAGGUUACUAUAUCCCAACGGUGUUAACCUUGGUAAAGGUCCUCUGAUCGAUCCGAAGACAUUUGGUAAAGCACAUCCACAAUCUGGAAUUGUUUCGUAUAAUGAAAAGCCCGAAGAAACGUCUGAGAAACUAUCGAAAUCAUUAGGGCUCCACAAUACCUAUGAACCAUUAAAACCUCUCGAUUUUACUUUUACACCGUACUAUGAAAUUGCUGGAGAUCCCUACAGUCCCCAAUGCCGUAACCCAUGGUAUAUCCAUAAUCUCUCAACAGACCCGGCCUCGGCAACCCUCUCGCAUAUCCCAGACUCCGAUCAUCUCCCACCGCCCAAAACCGUCCGGGAGAUGCUCUACUGGCUAGUCGGCUUGAAUCAACAUGGCUAUAUCAGAUGGGUUACUGAAUGUAUUAAAAGCCUUAUAGAAGAAUAUAAUACAGAUGCACCCCAGUCGCCAUAUGCCAUCGACAUCGCUGGAGAUCUCACGAAGCUGGACGCUUCCAUGGUCACCCGGACACUUACCGAGGCGUCCCUCUACGCAGCAAACGUUCUUUACACGGUCAAAUAUCGUGAUUAUUAUACGGUUUAUAACGAUUUCAAAUUUGAGUCAGAGUACAGCAAAUUUCGUUAUUCCUCCGACCCCAUUAGUCUCCUCUGCCAGCUACGUGACUACGCCUAUGCCGGCCACUACCAGUUGCAGUUCCUGAAGACGCAGUGCGCUCGCGAUAAAUUGAGCGGUGGUUGGAUGGGUUGUCACUUUGGACAGGAUGUUGCUGCUGACUCCCCCCUUCAGGCCUUUCUUACCGACGCCUACGACUCCAUGUUCAAGACGCAUCUCUUCGAUCCAUGCAACAUCUGCCUAAAAAGCCGUGUCAAAAUGGGAUUCAAACACAAGGAUUUGCCUAAACCUUCCCAAACUGGUAACACGCUUUUCACUGUCCUCUCACCGUCGUGCGGCGAUGAUGACCCCCUGCUGACACUGUCCUCGUACCUCAACUGCCUCACCAGGCGGACUCCGAGGACGACAGGGGAGCUGGUCUCGUUCUUUCACAAUUUUGGUGUCGAGUUGCACGAUGAUUAUCAGAAGGCACUUUCUUCACUGGGCUCAUCCCUCUCCACUCCGCAUCCCAACUGCCCCGAAUGGGACUGUCUUCGUGGCACCGACCUUCAAGCCGUCCGGGGUAUCAGGGGUACAGACGCUUUCAACACCAUCCAUGACAAUGCACAUCCCAACUCCCUGUCCACGCUAUUUGGCUGCGACAUCACCAAUGUGCAGUGCACAAAACUUCUGUCGCCCAUCACCUAUCGGGCGUACUCCCUGUACUCUCCGACUUUCGCCCACACCUACCUCAUCUGGGCGGUUUACCUGCCGGACAGACUGUGGGAGUCACUCAAGAAACUACGUUAUGAUUUAGAAGGGCAUGGUAACACCAAGUGCGCAUCACUCCACUCAUGCCCCUAUGCUAUGCCCCUCCUCUACCUACACGGGUUCACGCCACCGGAGGGCACACCGCAGACAUCACUCACCUGUUCGGAGCUCAUCACCAAGCUGGGGGAAGUGGUCAACGGCGGGCCUAUGGCAAAGCUCAUGACCUGCAUGGAUCAGUUCCUCUACAGAGUAAGGAAGCCAUUCAUCUACACGCUAAUCGCACUAUGGUCGGCCGCAGCACUCCUCCUCUCAUACACGAUACUGUACCGCCUGGACGUCUUGUACCUGUGCUCUCAUGCCAUCAGGUCUAAGGCUUCACACCUCAUCGACGUCAAGGCGCUGCUCACUAAUAGCAGGAAGAUGCUCUCACUCUACGACGCCGACUACUUCGAUGAUGAUCCCAAUGAUCUAGUCGACCAACUUGAAUAA